AUGGCCAACACUUCUCCUGCCCCGCCUUUCAAAGUCAAGGCACUCUUCGACUACUCCUCGCCACACGACGACGACCUUAAUUUUCCCGCCGACGAAGUCAUCACCGUGACUGAGGAAGAGGAUGACGACUGGUACUAUGGCGAAUACACCGACAAGGCUACCGGCGCUCUCAAGCAGGGCAUCUUCCCCAAGAACUUCGUCGAACGGAUCGUGGUCGAGCUACCCCCGAGACCAACGAGGCCCGGCGGUGGUGCAAGAGGUCCAAAGAAACCUGCGGAUGAAAAUACCCAGCAACAGCAGGAGGAGUAUGGGGGCAAGUCCCCCCCGUACCAAGCACCGCCCCCUCAGGACUCGUCCCCGCCCGCCCCUACGGUUAAUACGGCUGCGGCGGGGAGUAGGCCGAGUACUAGCUCAACGAUAGCUUCCCCGGUUGCAAGAGAGGCGCCGAAGCAGAUGGAGGUUAGGUCGCCGCCGCGUGUUGUAGAGGAGCCAAGACCUGUACAAGUGCAGCAACAAGAACACUCUACGCCGGCCUCCCCGCCGUCAGCUCCAAGGCAGACAUUCAACCCCAGGCCGCAGGUACCAACGAGCACCGAGGAGAAGAAAACUGGUGGGAACAAACCGCCGCCGCCAGAGAAGCCGAGCUCGUUUAAAGAUCGGUUGGCGCUGUUCAAUAAGGUUUCGACGACCCCGAUUACUCCAUACAAUCCGCAUAGGCCCCCAGUCAAUUUUAUCAAAAAGCCGUUUGUGGCUCCCCCACCGAGCAAAAAUUCCUAUGUGCCACCACCAACACAGCAUACCCAGAGGCCAAAGCGUGAUGAGGAUUCGAACUACAUUCGUGCUGAAGCAACAGAGGAUACAUCUAGGAUGUCCCUAGAUCAGGAAAGAGAUAAAGAGGAGGAGAGGCCAAAAUUGGCGCUCAAAGACAGGAUUGCAUUGCUUCAGACUCAGCAGUUGGAUCCAUCCGGUAUUCCUGGUGGGAAGCCGAAACGACCCCCAAAGCCAAAAAGAACGGAGAGCGAUCAGACUGCUGGAGAGGGAAAUACUGAAGAGACUGGUCACAGUUUGGCGGUCCAGGAGGAAUCUGUUCAAGAAAGAAGGUCUUUCGAUUCUGGCCGGGAUCAUGACAUGGAGGAACAUGAACCGGCUCAAAGACAAAAGAAGAGUCUGGAUAUCGGGCAUGAUGACAAUACCAGAGCAGAGUCCAGCGCAGGUGAUGCAGAUGCAUCAUCCAUUGCCGAGGAUCAGCCUCCUGCUGUCCACAGGCCCCGACCCAAUGUACCUACUAGAGAAGAUAAGUCUGAUGACGGAGAUGAUGAGGGUGCCAAUGAUGAUACUCCAGACGUUGCCUCUGACGAUGAAGAGGAAGAGGUGGAUCCAGAGGUUGCGAGGAAGCUUGCAAUUAGAGAGAGGAUAGCUAAAAUGAGUGGUGGUAUGGGUAUGCAUGGCAUGUUUGGACCUCCAAUGGGCAUUCCAAUGGGCGGCCCCCCCCCAGCGCCACCGAAGAAGAAGAAGACCCCUCCUAAGCCAUCCAGAGAGGAAGAGGAUUCUAGAGAAACACACGAGGCCGCGGAGCCAACAGAGGACAGACCAAUGAGCAGCACUUCCCAAUCUCACCAGCAGCAGCCAGUAGCACUUCCUUUCGCCAUGCCGAGAGUUCAAUCCCCACCGGCUGUCGAAAUGCAACAGUAUGAUAGUGAAGAUGAAGAGCCUGCGAAGGAUACCGUUGGAACUGGAAAGAAAAUAUCUGAAGAGAGAGCUAGUGAUGAAGAGGCUGAUAUUGAAGAUUUGAAACCCCAACCACCACAGUCUCCACCGCAUCAUCCGCUGGGACCAAGGCCAAUGCCAGCGUCACCAAAGGCCGAAAGGACUUUACCAGAAAGAGUUGUACCAAUGUCUCCGCCCAUGUUACCACAAGAACGGCCGGUUCCCCCUCCCCCUCCACCAAUUCCAAGCGAGAGGCCUGCCCCGCCAUUGCCUCCAACAGGACAGUUGCUUCCCCCAGCCGCUAUUGAUGAAUCGCCGACGGAAGGGUCUGAGUCUGAUGAUGAGUUGUCUGCUCCUCCAAGUAAACUAUCAUUGGCAACUUCAGACGUAGAAGUUCAGCCACGUGGGGCACCGCCACCACCUCCUCCGGGCCCUCCUUCCGUCCCAUCUGGUCGUCCUCAGUCAGGUUAUGGAGAUGCCAAGUCCCCAACUUCCCCUGCUUCUAAACGUGCUUCCCAGGGAUACUUUUCUCCUAUCCAGACUGCUUCGCCGACUCUUGCCCCUGGAAGUCCUCCUUCAGCAUUUAAUAAGAGAGCUAGUUAUCAGAGGGGCGCAGGUGGAAUGCCACCAGUUCCUGGCGGUUUCCCUGUAACUCCUGGUUCUGGCACUCCUCACCAAUCUCCUCAAGGUGUUUCUAGGGCCCCACCACCACCACCACCGCCGAGUGGUCCCCCACCAAGACAAAGCAUUGAUGAUACUCGUCCUGGAAUGAGUGAAACUAGCGACUACGAUACGGACAUCGGAAACAAAGUGGCCCACCGGGAUGCACUUAAAAAGGAUCACGUCAAAGAGGAAGAUGAAGAAACGCCACUACCAUCACCAGUAAUCUCUCCUCAGGCACCACCUAGAAGCGUUCCCCCGCCUCCCCCACCUGCAAAUCCCCCGCCGUCAAGAAAGGGAAGGGCAUCAGUGGACAUGCCCCGUGGCGCGCCGCCCCCACCGCCACCGGCGCAGACACAGGAGCAGGAACAGUAUGAGGAUGAUGACGCCGCCUCCGCAGGAACGUUUGCCAUCUCGUGGGGGCACCGGCCGUCAAUCAAUGGAUCAGUCGCGCCCCCCCAAGGAAGCGGUAGGCGCUCAAUGGAUCAAUCGCGUCCUUCAGCUGAAUACGUAGCCCGAGACAUUGAGCUAGGUGAAUCAACCAAAUGGUGGACUUCCCCCAACACCCCUCCACCAAUCUUCCAAAACCGCCCUCGUGAGCUUUACUUUGAAGUUGAGGAGGUGCCAACUACCCGUCGUGGCGGCCGUACAACAAUAACCAAAGAUGUGUAUGUCCUCUUUCAUGACUAUUCUCAAACUGUCGUCACUGCCCGCUACGACCGCGAUGAACCACAAACUGCAAGUCUUGAGCAACGUCAUGAAGCACCUCCCCCUCAGCCACGCCAGGACCAGCUCGAAGAUUUUCAGGCCAAGUUCGGAGCCAAGAUCGCUGCUGGUGCAAAGGCCCGCGAGAAUACGGUUGUUGCCGGUGGCGACCCAGAGGCACUUAUCCGAGAGCUUCUUGAGCUUGCACCGGGCUAUCUCCCACCUGCUGGGGCAAGAUCAUAUGGAGCAUUGGUGUACGCUAAUCUUGCCAACGCCUCCGUACAGCAAUUUGAUGAGAUUAGAGCUGGUGAUAUUGUGACAUUCAGGAAUGCGAAGUUCCAGGGACACAAGGGUGGCUUACAUCAGAAGUAUAGCAUGGAGGCUGGGAAACCGGAUCAUGUUGCGGUCGUAGUGGACUGGGAUGGCACGAAGAAGAAACUACGUGCAUGGGAGCAGGGCAGAGAGAGUAGGAAAGUUAAGAUGGAGAGUUUCAAGGUCUCCGAUCUCAGAAGUGGUGAGGUCAAGGUGUGGAGAGUUGUGGGUAGAGAAUGGGUCGGAUGGGGUGCACAGCAGUAG